AUGUCAACUCUAGAUGAGCUGUUGGACAACUACGAGGGCCGCGUGGUCCCUCGACGGUUCAUCGCCGGCUUCGUUGUGCUUAGCUAUACUGUUAGUCUUAUUGGCGCAGGUUCGACCCUCGAGUUGAUUAACCGUCGAACAGGGUUCAAGGGCAUCUUCAAUAACGCUCUACUUGUCGGUGCUGCUAUGACAAUGGGAGGCGUGUCCAUCUGGUCCAUGCACUUUGUCGGCAACAAAGCGAUCUACCUCGGAAGCGGCGAACCAGAAUUACAGAUCAGCUUCUCAACCCUCUUCACCGUUAUCUCGUUCUUCGUCCCUAUUCUUGUCCUACUGAUUGCCUUUAUUACUAUCGGUACUAGUAAUACUGUGUCAUGGAUUCGAGUCUCGCUUGGUGGUUUCCUCUGUGGCUCCGCGAUAUGCGGUAUGCACUAUCUCGGCAAUGCUUCAAUCGAGAACUAUACCUGCAGCUAUAAGAUAGGCUUUAUUGCCGGGUCGGCGAUUAUUGCCAUCGCGGCGAGCAUCAUUGCGCUCUCGGCUUUCUUUAUCUUUCGGUCUACCUGGGCUAAUUCAUGGUGGAAGAGGCUCCUCUCGGCCCUGGUGCUUGCAGGUGCUGUCUCCGGCAUGCAUUGGUGUGCGGCAUUUGGCACACAGUAUACUCUCAUCUCCAUCAAGGCUGGCGGCGGUGAAGAGAUGUCACAGGAUGCGACUGCUAUUGUUGUUAUUUGCCUGGCCGUAGGCUCGUGUCUGAUCAUUGCUGGUCUAGCAAUCUUCACAGCAAGGAAGAUGAGCCAGUCCGCCCGCAGAGCACAAAAGAUAACCCUCGCUGCUGCUGUCUUCAACAAGCAGGGCAUGAUCCUGGUUGAUGCAGACGGCCUUGUCCCUAGUACUAUUAUCACCGACUCGUUCAUCCCAACAAGUGACAAGCAGCCUUUAACCGUCGCUCACCCUUACUUCCUGUGGAUGUUCCAGGUCACCAGGAACUGGACCAGCCUCUCCCGUCUUAUGAAGCAAUAUGCCGCCCAGAAAGAGCUCAGAAUGAUUAACAACGUCUCGCCUACUGAAGAAGACGGUAUCCUCUUUCGAAGCAAAUUCUGCCUAGCUGCUAUGAGACUCGCCGAACGUCUCCGCGGGGACGUUUCAUCCGCUGGUAUCCUCUGGGACGAGAUCCUACCAACUGGCCGUCCAAUGACUUCUACCUUGGAAUUACAGCCUUACAACGAACCGGCGAGCCGCAUCUCAACCAAGUUUAGACAAAACUUACAUGAAAAGGCGGCGGCAUUCGAACGGCAAGUCGGAAAAGGCUCACUGAUGUUUCUUGUCAGCUGCAUCGAGAAUGAGCGUGACGAUGAAAGAUUCGCUAUGGCUGGCUAUCGUUUCGCGGAGGUAGAGCAUGUCAGCGGAAUUAUUGCCUCUCGAAUGCAAAUCAAGUCGCUUGGGGUCAGUGGCAAGCUGCAUCAAAUGGCCGAGUACGUUAGCCAGGACAAGGAAACGAGCACUUAUGCCCGUGUGGGCUUUUUCGCCAUCAGAGCUCGCGUUAAUACGUCUGGUUUUGAUGUCCUUGUCAAGACCUCUGAACGCAACAUCCUCCCUUCAGUCACUCUGUCUAAUUCUAAGCUCGAGUCGUGGCAGAUUGCCAUUGUGAGCCGAUUCAAGGGAAUGUCGACCGUUGCUAUAUUGCGAGCUCUGGAGGAGCUCAAGAUGUCAACCCAAAGAGAGAUUACAUUUAUUGACCAGCUCCGGGCCGGGAUCAAUACACUACGCGCAUCAAUCCAAGACCCUCUUAUGGAUGAGGCGAUUCUCUCCGCCGAAAUGAUUAACUUACCCGGCGGGCCAUACGACCGAUCGACCCUUGACACAAUGCUCAUAUUCCGGAUUAUUGCACCUAUUCAUUCCAUUGUCAAUAACCCAGAUUAUGAGUACAUCCCACUCAACCUUUUCAAAACACACCAACUGGUUCAGAUGCAGGAAUCUCAACUCGCAUUCGUUCACAGCGUACACGGUGAAUUUGGAUCCAUGUUCGGUCAAGUUUCACUGAGCGAGGAACGACGCCGAGAACCAAUUGGCCACACCGUUCUUGCUAAACUCAGGAAAAAAAGCAUACAAAUACACAGCGAAGUGGUAGAAGGGGACGAGGAGCAAGUGCUGAGAAGAAAAUCAAUGCGGCGGCUCUCGUCGAGCUCGACUGGAUCAGGCUCGGCCUCGACAAUAAAUAUAUACCAAUCCACGGCAGGCAGUACAAGAUCUCAGCAUGGCGACAUGCGGCAGAAAGAGACUUCGCAAGACGUGGUUCGAGAUCCAAACUUGGCCGCACCGUCAUUUGGAGGCAUCAUGGUGUUGCAAGAGAUCAGAAUUAACGUCGAAGAAAGCAAUAAUCAAAGGCGGGAGCUGCAGGACCCCGUGAAUAGCAUGGCAAUCACGAGUCACAUAUCAGCCUCGUCGAAUAUUGAGCUGCAGUCGAGAAAUAAUGACAAAGCGACAGACAGUCCAGUGAGAUCGAGGUCACCGAUAGGAAUCCAGACCGGAGGCAGAAGCCACAAUACGUUUGUCGAUGUAUUAUUCCAGGAUACUAUAGGAAGUCAAGCAUGGAAAAAGUGA